CCUGCAGCCUCCUCCAAUCACAGCCGGGCAACCAGAGGACCGAGGACCGCAGACAAGAGGAACGAGACAAGUGAAGACAGAACCGAGAGGAGUGAAGGGAAUCGAGAGAAGUUUAGAGAGCCGAGAGAAGUGAAGAGACCAGUCCGUGUCAGUGAGGGUUCAGGACGUCGCAGCAUGGACCGGGCCCGCGCAGUGCUCUACCUGUCCGUACUCCUGUCGGUGGCGACAGCUGUUUUAACUUCUCGCUCAGAGGACCCCCAAGAGCUGCGAGAUCCCGAGGAACAGCGAGACCAUCGAGACCCCUACUACCGCUUCAGCACCGACGGUCUGGCGGAGCUGCUUCAGGAAGAAGAUGUUUCGGUGGAGAAGAGAGCCAGCAUCAUCCCACGGUGUGACGUGGGCGAGCGAUGUGCCAUGAAGCACGGACCUCGCAUCGGGCGUCUGUGUGACUGCCUGAGAGGAGCCGCCUGCAACACCUUCUUCCUGCGGUGCUACUGACCCUGAUACUGCUACCAAUACUACAAUACUGCUACUGAUACUACAAUACUGCUACUGACACUACAAAACUACAAUACUAUUACUGAUGCUGCUGACACUAAUACUGCUACUGAUACUACAAUACUGCUACUGACACUGCAAAACUACAAUACUAUUACUGAUGCUACUGACCCUGAUACUGCUACUGAUACUACAAUACUAUUACUGACACUACAAAAUUACAAUACUAUUACUGAUGCUACUGACACUCAUACUGCUAUUAAUACUACAAUACUACUACUGAUGCUGCUGACACUAAUACUGCAAAACUUCUGCUAAUACUACAAUACUACUAUUGACACUACAAUACUACUACUGACACUAAUACUACAAUACUACUACUGAUGCUACUAGUACUACUGACAUUAAACACACCAACACACAACUAUACGCACCCUUGAUACACAGAAUCUACACAAACACAGAAGAAUACACUAAUGAACCGCAUGUCUGCACACAAGUGUCCACUCUAACACAGCCCCUAAUGGGCGUUGAUACACACAUAACACAAACACACACACAUGUACACAAACACUUACACACAUGUGUUUGGGUUUAUGUUCUUGUGUUGGGUUAAUUAUUAUUUUUAUUAAAUGAAUCAUCUUGA